GCCACUCUCUAACUAUGAUACCCUUAAGGCUCUGAACAGAAGGAUGGAUGUCGCAAUAUCCUUAGAAUUGGAGCCACUAAAGCAGAGGAAUGAUCAUGGAAUGUUCUUUUCUAGUGGUAAUUUUAUCUGCAGUUUGAAUGCAAGAGACAGGAAAAUUGUUUGUGUCACCAGUGGAAACUCCUACUUUGGUUCUCACUUGAUCAAGAAGCUUUUGGCAUAUGGUUACCUUGUUCGAGUUAUUAUUCAAAAUCAAGCUAAUCUUGAGGACAUGAAGGAGCUGAUGAGGGAAGAAAUGAAGCGACUGGAGAGUGUUGUGGUGGCAAGAAUGGAUGAUUUAGAUAGCCUCUGCGAUGCUUUUAGAGGUUGUCAUGUUGUUUUCCACACAUCAUCUUUCGUUGAUCCGCAAGGGAUCUCUGGAUACACGGAACGAAUGGCAUUUAUUGAAGCUGAAGCAGCAAAGAAUGUCAUAGAAGCUUGUGGCAGGACAGCAUAUGUUAAAAGAUGCGUUUUCACCUCUUCUCUACUUGCAUGCAUCUGGAAAAAUGACCUGCCAAACCUCAUAGAUGAGAGCUCUUGGAGUGAUGAGACAUUCUGUAGAGAACACAGGCUUUGGCUAGCAUUGGCCAAGACCAGGGCAGAAAAGGUUGCUUGGAGGAAAGCAAGGGAGAUGAAGGUGAAACUUGUUACUUUAUGUCCUGGACUUCUCAUGGCACCAUCUUUCCCAAACGCUCACCUUGAAACUUCUCUCCCGUACCUCAAAGGUGGCGAUUUCAUGCUAAGACAAGGAAUUCUAGCAACUGAAGAAGUAAGUAAAGUGGCAGAAGCACAUAUUUACGUCUAUGAAGAUAUGGACUAUGGAGCGUGUGGAAGAUAUAUUUGCUUUGGAAAAAUAGUUGGAACAUUGGAAGAGGCCAUACAACUUGAAAAUGGCUUGAAUAUAUCUGGCCACUUGUCUGGGGAUCAAAGCCCUCUUGCAGUAGCAGUUGAUAAUAAUGAAAUUCCUCCCAGAAUUACUAAGUCAAAGCUCAGUAGAUUACUAUUCCAUGCGUCACAACGCCUUCCUUGCAAACAGUGAAUAAUAAUAUU